CCACUCGCUACAUCUUAAAGAAACCGACAACAAUGAAGACUGGACUCUUCCUAGCACUUUCUUUCAUUCUAUGCGCUAGCGGCAGUGCCGCACCUGACCCAGUGCUGGACAUCUCCGGUAAAAUGCUCCGCACCGGCAACGACUAUUACAUCCUUCCGGUCUUCCGUGGUCGAGGAGGUGGCCUGACUCUCGCCAGCACCGGAAACGAGACCUGCCCGCUCCAUGUUGUUCAAGAGCAGCUGGAGGUGUCAAACGGUCUCCCAGUAACCUUUUCACCUUUUAACAUCAAGAAAGGUGUCAUUCGUGUCUCCACCGACCACAACAUCAAGUUCUCUGCUGCUACAAUAUGUGUCCAAUCUACCGUCUGGAAGCUUGCCAAUUUCGAUGAUUCAACACGGCAAUGGUUUCUGACAAGUGGUGGUGUUGAAGGCAAUCCUGGUCGUCAAACUAUCGACAAUUGGUUUAAGAUUGAGAAGCAUGAAGAUGAUUACAAGCUGGUUUUCUGCCCAACUGUGUGUGAUUUCUGCAAAGUUAUGUGUAGGGACGUGGGUGUUUUUAUUGACGAUGCCGGUGUAAGGCGACUGGCUCUCAGUGAUGUGCCCUUCAAGAUUAUGUUUAAGAGGGCUUGAAACCUGAAAUCCGAUCUUAAUUUCUAAUUCUAAACUUCAAAAUAAAUUAAAUUAAUAAAAUCUAUAUUAAGAUUUUAAGUUUA